GAGCCAGUGUUCGGUGUUGAUGAACUAUCCUGGGAAGCCUCAGGGGGACUGUAGUACCCUGCUGUAGGGUGACCAGGCUGUCAGAAGACACAGCUUACUCUCAAUGGGACAUCGGGAAGAGCGCCCAUGAGAUGGCCUCUGGGCAAAAUGAGAAACCGGUGAUUCACACUGACUCUACUGGAGAGAAAGAGAGACUUUAUUCAGUUAGGAGUUAGACAGACUGUGGCCAUCCAUGGCCGAUCCACUUGUAGCACUGGCUUGUGGACUGUCUGCAGCAUUUCUGUUCCUGUUGCUGUUUGGCCUAUCAGUGUAUCUACUGUGGAGGAAGAGACGAAAUCAAACACUCUACAGGGGACUGAUACCUACCACCCCCACAAUCCCACGAUGCACCACUCCAGUGCUUCAGACAUCACAGAGCAGCAGCUAUGGCUCAGGUGGUGUUCCUUUCUUUGUGCCUCCUCGAUUCAAGAGAACACCUCAACUAAACAAGGGGAAAGAAGAAACGGAGCAUGCUGACGAAUGGGAACUCUAUCCAUAUCUGCACACCCAGCAAGACUCUCUGACAGUAGGGAGUUGGUUCCCCCUGGGCAGCAUAAGACCAGACCUGUACCAGCUCCCAGAGGAGCCCAGUGAAUGGGCUCUUCCCAAUGGCUCAGCUGUUCGUCUGUGGUUCGCUCUGCAGUAUCAGCAGGAGAGAGAGCAGCUGGUGGUGUCUCUGCUCCGUGCUGCUAACCUGCCCGCUCAGUGCCAGGGUAAUGUCACACUGGUAAAACUGCAGCUGUUGCCGUCUGAUGACCGACGACACCGUCAAGCCAAAGCACGACGGAAAGGUUGUCAUCCGCAGUUCAACGACACCUUUGUGUUUCAGGUAUCUAAGAGCUGUGUCGACCAGUGCUCUCUGAGUAUGAGCAUGUACACUGUGGACCAUCAGAAGAAGCACCAUCUUGUAGGUCUAGUCCUGAUCCCACUCAGAUUUUCUGAACUGAAGGAGAUGGCAGGCAAAGUGCAGUGGAGGGAUCUGGACAGUGAAAGUGAUCAACCCCUUUCAAAAAACGGUGACAUCCAGGUGUCUUUGAACUACAAUCAGUCUCUACACCGCCUCACUGUGGUUGUUCUACGAGCACGAGGUUUGCAGUGUUGCAGUGAUGCAGGUGUGUGCACCCAGGUCUCUCUGAAGAUACAUACUCAGGUGGUGAGGAACAAGUGGACCACUGUAGCGAAAGGAAAUAAUCCAUCCUUUAAUGAGAGGCUUACCUUCAGACUCCUCCCCAUGCGGCUGGACACAGCCUGUCUGACCCUACAGCUCCAGCAGCCCAGCACAGAGGAGCCCGUGUUGUUGGGCAUUGUGGUGAUUGGGCCGUUCAUGUAUGCAAGGGGCAGAGAGCUGGAACACUGGAACGACAUGGUCAGCAAACCACAGGAGCUGGUCAGGCAAUGGCACCCGCUGGGAUCCGCUGACACAGUACAGGACCCUCAAUGAACAACAUGCUACAAACUCAAUGCCACCUCUCUCCUCUCUUUGAAAACAAUGGUAGCCUUUUUUCUUAUCUUUAAGGUGGAAGUGUUUUUUUUUUUUUUCAAUACAAGACUGAUGUCAGAAAAUCAAAUGGAAUUAAACAAAGUCAAAAGAAAAGGUUUAUUGAUAGCAUACAUUUGGUGAAUGAACUUUGUGUUUAAUUACAUUAUUUUAAAUAACAGUUUGCUCCUCAAAGCCCAUCAGAACAACUGUGUGACUUGAUGCAGGAGGUAAAAAUACAGUCCAGUUGUACCAUAGGGUUCUCACACUUUUAACCCAUGGAUUUCCAUUUCCAUUCCAUUUGUUUAUGAAUAAUGGAUAAGAUUUUUGUUUCA